AUGGCGAAUGAAAUCAAACCUGACAGCGGUGAAGAUGGAGACACCAAGCUUCUUGUGACCUGCAGACAUGCAGAUGUCCUGGAUCUCCCAUCCCCACAGAUUCUCUGUGUCUACCUGCUGGAGAGUAGUACCACAGCCCUGUGCCAGUACAGCAAAGAUUUUUGCUGUCAUGACAGACUCUUUGUGGACAAGAAGGCAUCUAUUUCUAAGGCCAACAGUGGAAAUACAAGCUAUGUGUACAUGUUUGAAGCUGAUGGUGUGAGACAGAUUUUGGAAUCCUUGGUUUUGCCUCCGUACACAUGGAGGUGGCACUGUGGGAUUGUAACGGUGGUCACAUCCCCAUGUGGUGCUGAUGAAUUGCGGCUGUCAAAUGGAACUGGCCCCUGCUCAGGGAGAGUGGAAGUAAAACAUGAGGAGCAGUGGGGAACUGUGUGUGACGGUGACUGGACCAUAGAAGAUGCUGAGGUUGUUUGUAGGCAACUACGAUGCGGAUCUGCUGUUCACGCCCUUAAUCGAGCUCCUUUUGGAGAAGGAUCUGGACCAACAUGGUUGUAUCGAGUUGAUUGCCGUGGUGGUGAAUCCGUUCUCUGGAACUGCUCACAUACAGGAUGGGGUGCUUUUACUUGCCCUCAUUACUUUGAUACCGGAGUGAUCUGCUCAGGUUUCUCUGGGCUGCGUCUGACUGGAGGGGUCACUGCGUGCUCAGGACAACUGAAAGUAAAGCAGGAAGAAACCUGGGCUACGGUCUGUUUUUCACACAUUGAUUUCAAAACUGCCUCUGUUAUAUGUAAUGAGUUAGAGUGUGGCCAGGCUGUGGAUAUCUUGAGAGGAACUCAUUUUGGAGACCAACAUGAGCUGAUCUGGCAAGAAGAGUUUCACUGUGCAGGCUAUGGUGGGUACAGGCUGGCAAAUGGCAGUACCACAUGUUCAGGGAGAGUGGAGCUUCUCCAUGGAGGCACCUGGGGAACCCUGUGUGACUACCACUGGAAUUUACCAGCUGCCAAUUCCCUCUGCCAGCAGCUGGACUGUGGAGUUGCCCUACUGAUACCAGAUGGACAGUCCUUCGGGAAAGGAAAUGGAUCUGCCUGGAAUGGCACAUUCAGCUGCAAGAGUAAUGGCUCACACCUGAGAGACUGUCCUGUGGGUGUGCUAGGUCAUGAAGAAUGCCCUGCUGGAAAAGAUGCUCGUGUGGUAUGUUCAGGUGAGCAGCAGAAAGUUCUAAGAGAAGAACUGAAAAACUCCUACUUUGAGGAAAAACAAAGAUCUAAAAUUCAGAGGGUGCCUGUGGAGCCAAGCUCUGACUUUUGUCUGCUGCUACAGGCAGGAGUUGAGGCUGCACCUCACCUGCGCUGCAAGGCUGCUGUCUGUGAAACAGUCCUAGUGUCAGGGAACACAAGAACAGGGCUCUUCACAAGGGAGGAUGAAGUCGAGGCAGAGGGGUGCCCAGGGGGCAGGUUGGUGAAUGGCACCACAUGCUCUGGCAGAGUGGAGAUCCGCCAUGGAGACACAUGGGGAAGCCUCUGCCACUCCCACUGGAAUUUGCAAGCUGCCAGUGUUUUCUGUCAUCAGCUGAACUGCGGCUACGCAAAGUCAAUCCAGACAGGAGACCAUUUUGUGGAUGGUAAUGGGCCUGUAUGGAGAGAUGCUUUUCACUGUGAAGGGACAGAGUCCUGCCUGUGGGACUGUGCUCAAGUGACUUUGGGCAAUCCAACCUGUUCAGCCAGAGAAGCAGCCACUGUUAUUUGUUCAGGUCUUGUUGAAUCACUCAGACUCUUAGGUGGCGAGAGCCGCUGUGAUGGGCGAGUUGAGAUCUCACUCCAUGGCAUGUGGAGCAGAGUCCUGGAUGAUGACUGGGACAUUAAAGAUGCUCACGUUGUAUGCAGACAGCUCCAGUGUGGAAUUGCCAAGAAAGCCUAUUACCUUCCAAGGUCUGAGCGAGGUAUGGGUCUUAUUGGCUUAAGAAGUGUCCAGUGUGCUGGAAAUGAGACUCAGCUGAUGCUCUGUAAGACCUCCCAUUCUCAGACAGCGGAAACAAGAGUUGCUGAAGACGUUGGUGUGGUUUGCUCAGGUAGCAGACACAUCAGGCUGGUGAAUGGAACAAAGCGCUGUGCUGGGAGAGUAGAGCUUUAUCAUGAUGGCAUCUGGGGCACCAUCUGUGAUGAUAACUGGGAUCUAUCAGAUGCUAAUGUUGUUUGCAAACAGCUGGGAUGUGGACAUGCCAUCAAGGCACUUCUCUCCGCUCAUUAUGGUGAAGGCUCGGGACAGAUCUGGCUGGAUGAUGUGAACUGCACUGGGGCUGAAUCUGAUCUCUGGACAUGUCCCUCUAGGACAUGGGGCCAGCACAACUGCCAACACAAAGAGGAUGCUGGAGUCCUGUGCUCAGAGUUCCUGGCUCUGAGGCUGGUGAAUGGCAACGAGUGUGCUGGGCGGCUAGAAGUUUUCUACAAUGGGACAUGGGGAAGCGUUUGCUCCAAUCGUAUGUCUCAACUCACUGCAAUAACUGUCUGCAAACAUCUGAACUGUGGAGAUGGUGGGGAAAUUGCAAGCGACUUCAAAUACGGAAGAGGUUCCGGGCCCACGUGGCUGGACCACAUUGAGUGUACUGAGCAGCAUAGCUCUCUUUGGCAGUGUCAUUCAGAUCCCUGGAAUCCUCAGUCAUGUGAUAACCGAGCAGAAGAGACCCAUAUUUCUUGCACUGACAGGGAGAAGUUACGAGUCAUAGGAGGAGCGGACGGAUGUUCAGGCAGAGUGGAGAUUUGGCACCAAGGCUCCUGGGGAACAGUCUGUGAUGAUUCCUGGGACAUGGCAGAUGCUAAUGUUGUAUGCAGUCAGCUGGGUUGUGGACUUGCUGUGUCUGCUCUGAGUGAAGCUGCCUUUGGGGAAGGGACUGGUCCCAUCUGGUUGGAGAAGGUGCACUGUAAAGGAACUGAGAUGUCUCUUUGGGACUGUCCUGCCAAGCUCUUGUUCAGCAAAAACUGUGACCAUAAGGAAGAUGCUGCUGUACAUUGCUCUGGUCUGACAGAAACAACAACAUCACCCACUAGAGCAGAUCCUGCCUACCGCCCUGCAACAGACAGUAUGAGAAUGUCAGUGCCUGUCAUCCUCUGCAUUAUCCUGGGGGCCCUUCUCUGCCUGGUCCUUGCCAUUCUUGCUGGACAGAUCCGAAGUGCCAGGGCACAGCAGAGAGGCUCCAGACUAUCCUAUGACCCCUUCUCUGAGGCUGUCUAUGAAGAGAUUGACUAUAACCUGAUGAGAGAAAAGCAGGGCAUGACCGGCUUCUCAGAUUCUUACUCAGAGAGUUCAAAAACAAAGGCACAGUUUUAUAGUGGAGACAACGAUGAAGAAAACCAUCCUAGAACGACUCAAGCUAAUACCUGUACUGUUCCAGAGGUCUCUCCACUGCCUGGAAAUGUCGUGGAAGAUGGUUAUGAUGAUGUGACAGAACCUCCUGGACCUAAAGAUGCUUCUCUUUCUGGGCAGAAUGAACAGGAAAUCAUUGGUAUCCCUGAAGAAAACGACAGAAACAAGGAUUCUUGGAAAGAUCGGAGUCCUAAAGUGUCAAGAAAUGGGGCCACCGAGGCUGAGAGAGAAUCACCCCCUGCUCUUGAAGAUACAGCCUACGAUGACAUUGAAGAGCUGGGGCAUUGA